CUAUGGACAUAAAUAUAACCUCCUCUAUAAAUUACACGUGAAUUGCUUGCUUUCGACUAAAUAAUUUAUAUUUAAUAAAUAAAUAAAGAAAAUGUCAGUGAUAACAGAAAUUUCUAAAAAAAAUAUAAAACCCGUUUUAGUGGAUUUCCAAAAUUCAAAAUUUAAUCCAAAUGAACAGUUUAAACUAGAAUCAGGCCUAUACAGAGAUAAAAGGAAAAAAACUAUUGUAGGAGUAGAAGGUGAUAAAAUGACUUAUACGGGUUUGGUAAAUGAAAAUAAUUUAUAUAAUAAUUAUAUAGUUAUAAAUAACAAGCGUACAAAAACGUGUCGAUUAAUUCCUGUUGACUUCGCAUUACUGAAGCCACAGCUGAAGAAGAAUGAAAUGCUAGAUGUGUCAGUGACCGUUCAUGAAAAAUCAAUUGCAGAAUUAAAUAAACAAUUUGGAUCCAAAAAAACAAUUAGGCAAACUGAACAGCAUGAAAAAUUAAAAAUGAAUAUUGAUGCUGUAAAAGAAGACUUAGAAAAGACUGUUGCAGCUAUCGAGUUUGACCCAAUGGAUGUUAGCUAUCAAUCACAAGAAGAUAAUGAUGGAAUAUUUAGACCUAAAAUAAACAGAAAUGCCUCCAGAAAAGAACAAGUGUAUCAACUUCAUGAUUUAAUUCCUGAAAAUGUUUUAAAUUCUCUGGAUAGUGAAGUCACAAACAUUAUUGAUAAUAUGGACAAUAUUGAAGAACUGAAGCUUAAAUCCUUUGUUGAAUAUUGUUUAACACAAUUACAAAAUUCAUCACUAUCUGGUAAUGAAUUGAAAGAAAAAAUUGCUAUUUUAAUUUACAUGAAUUACUUGUUAACUUAUUUUGCGGUACCUGCGAAAAAUGUGACUAAAAAAUAUUCCAUUUGUAAGAACAGAGAUUUGAAUUUCCACAUAUUGGAUCAUUUUUCAAUACAAACCGGAAAUACUAGAUCACGUCCACUUUCAAUGAAAAUAAAAGCACUUUGCUUUAUCCUAGUUUUGACCCUUUUUGUGACUGAUUUUGAAGUGAAUAUUGCAGAACUUGCAAAAGAUAUUAAAGUUGGAACCAAGAAAAUCCAAGAAGUAGGACGAGUACUUGCACUGUCAGCAGGAAAAGAUAAAGAUACAAUGACAUUGAAAGUACCACUUCCUGCAGUUGUAACAAUAUCUGCCAAAAGAAAAAGAAAGUGAUUGUAAUCACAUACCAGUUAUUUUAUUAUAUGACUAAUAAAUGAUUUAUUUUAAA